UUGUACUUGAGACACAAAGAUGGACGAUUCUCUUGCGAUGACUUGGAAGAAGUAACAUGCCGAUUCAGGUGAAGGACUACAUUUGGGAGGAAACCGAUGAAACGGUUUUGAUUACUGUUCCGUUGAAAGGAGUGCCGUCAAAUCGAGUGGAUAUUUUUUCAAUAGACGAUUAUAUCAAGGUUAGCUAUCCUCCGUAUAUCUUUGAAGUCUGCCUAUUCAGUGAGGUCGAAGAUACCAAGAGUAAGGCAACAUUUGGUAGUGGAGUUAUCAAGUUUCAAUUGGUAAAGAAGAACUCAUCAAAAUGGAACCAGUUACACGCACCAGAAUCGGAGGACAAAGAGUUCAUGAUAAGAAAACGGGAGGAAGCUGUUGGCAAGGCGCACGAGAAAGCUGAAAAAGAGAAGGAACGGAAAGCAGCUGAGAAACGGAAACAAGAAAAAUUGGCCCUUCAAGAACAGAUGAAGCUGGAACAGGAAGAAAGAGCCAGAAUCGAUGCUAUUAAGGAGGAAGAACGUAAAAAAGCAACAGAGGCCAUUGAGAGAUGGAAAGAAAAUCAGAAAUUGCAGUCUACAAGUAUAGAAGAAGAAAAAGAUAGUUUGAAGGAUAAUGUGAUUCGAUCUAAAGACACUUUCAUGUCUGAAACAAAUGCUGACUUGACUGUGGGCAAAAAUCAUGAGCUGAUUCCAAAACCAGCAGCAAAGAAACAGGCUCCUCCCAACAAACAAAGGACAAAUGAUGAAAAGAGAGAGUUCCUUGAAAAGUCAGUUCCAGAACCAAGGGCUUCUGGCUCCAUUUCAGUGUCAUUCACUCCUCGUGUUUUCAAAACAGCUGCAAGAGAAUCUAAAGCACCAGAGGAAGAAGAGUGGCUAAAAAAGAUGGCAAGUGCAAGCCGCAAAACAGAUACUGCCAACACUGAUGCUGUUGAUAUGGAAGAAAUGAACCCAGUGUGGCUUAAAGACAAAGGAAUUGGAUUUUACAAGGCUGGUAACUAUGUUGCGGCUAUCAAUGCAUUCACAGCAGCCAUUGUACUUGAUGACUCAAUACCAUCAUUAUAUUCUAAUCGUGCAGCUUGUCAUCUUCAAUUAAAACAGUACAAAGAGUGCAUUCAAGACUGUACAAGUUCCCUAGAACUCCUUGAUCCUCCAGUUCCGGCCAACUGUGCUUCCAGAUGUAAAGCGCAUGUCCGAAGAGGGACCGCGUACAUGCAAAUACAAGAAUAUGUGCUGGCUCUUCAAGACUAUGAAUUAGCACUCAAACUAGACCCCAAAAACGUGGACCUUAAGAACGACUCAGAGAGAAUAAGAAAGUUCAUUCAAGGCUCCACAUAGCUUUGGAAUCACUUAUGUCAUCGAAUAAGGAUAAAAAAAGAUGUUCUUUCUGAGAGAGCUCAUUCUUAUUGCCUGAGGUGUGGACCACGUGUGCGAUUUGAGGAGCGAUUAAACCCAAGAAUGGAUGUGCACUUUAAAUUACUUUCGCGGGAUUAAACUGCUGGGUGACCUACCUGAAACAUAUGCAAAGUUGGAAAAAUCAAUGGAAACACAACUUGAAAGCUUAUCUGCAACCGCCAAUGUUUUGGAAAAGAUGGCAAUUCAGCCGACUGAUCGCUUCUCUUUCACUUUAUCGUGAGAUCAAGACCCGAAAGAUGAAAGAGAUACGAAAUAUGUGAUGCUUUUUACUAUUCAGGUGUUCUUAAGAACGACUCAAUAAAUCCGCGGUUAAACACAAAGUUUUACUUUAUUCUGACUAAGGACAAAACCUCCUUGGCAAAUACUCGAUCUUCACAAGGCAGAAUCUCGAACGAAGUAAAAGAACUUGACAUUUGAUCCCUGUCACUCAUUUUAAAAAUACCAUAAAUGUAACGCAACGUCACGUUCUCCUGAACAGGUGUAUUUUACUCCCCUCAGUUGAAUGCCCACAAAAAAGAAAACUGCUCGUUCAAACUCUGAAAUUUGCAACAGUCUUUUUACUUGUAAUAAAGCGGCGAGACGUGAAAAUAAACUUUUACUUAAUCUAAAGAAACUCUUCCAGUCGCAAAAUAAUUCACACGGGCUACAGUUAUCUCAGGAAUAGCUUGCCCUACAACUUUAUGAUUAUUUUCACCCAAGUGCGUCCAAUUUCUGAGCCUUUGCUGCUCAAGGUGAGCUUGGAAAUAUAUCGCUCCACAUCCCCAAUUUUGAGUGUUGACCCCUGAGACAUUCGCCAAAACAGUUGUGGUUACUUUCC